GUCAGAACUAAAGAACAAGACUCCGAGCCCAGACGUUUGGUUGUUUCUUCUUGUAAUUCUCUCUGCAACACCAUGAAUGGGUCAGCCACAUUCAGGAUUGUCCUGCUGGGGAAGAGUGGAAAUGGCAAGAGCAGCCUGGCUAACACCAUUUUUGGAGAAACAAUUUUUCAAGUAAAAAAAAUGAAUGACACAAACUCUUAUGCUUCCCAUGCAAAAACCAAACUUUUUAAUGGGAAGAACCUCACUUUGAUUGAUACUCCUGGUUUGUUCGACUCAGGCAAGAGGUCUCAGAAGGAAGUGCGGUCUGCAUGGGAGACGUGUGUCAUAGAGUGCGCUCCCGGGCCUCAUGUCUUUCUGAUCGUUCUCAAAGUGGAGAGAUACACAGAAAGGGAGAAAGUUGUAGUUACCAAAAUAUUAGAGAAAUUCACAGAUGAUGUCUUGAAGUACGCAGUAGUGGUCUUCACCCACGGUGACCAGCUGCCUGAAGGAGUGAAAAUAGAAGAGUAUGUGGACAAGAGUGACAGUCUGAGGGAACUGGUGGAGAAGUGUGGCGGUCGCUGUCAUAUCUUUGAUAACAGGUACUGGAAGAACAACCAGGAAGACGACUACAGAAGCAACAAGUUCCAGGUGGCAGAGCUGCUCAACACCAUAGACAGGAUGUGGAUGGAGAACAGAGGAAGACACUACACCAACGCAGAGCUGAAUGAGGCGGAGAGAAAAAUACAAGAAGAAGCAAAGCUGGUCAAGAUGUCAUCAGAAAACCUGUCAGAGGAUGAGAUCAGACAGCAGGCAAUAGUCAAAAUCCAAAAGAAGUCUUUGGAGACAGGAACCCAAAUACCUAUUAAAGUUAUAAAGGGUUUGGUAAUCUCAGGAAUAAUUGUAGCCAUCUCUUGGUUAAUCAAAUCUAGGUUAGAACAGAUAUCAGAGAUAACACCAUUCAGUGAUGGCGCUGAAGAAUUGAUGGUUGAAACAUUAGAGGAAGUGGAGAAAGAAAUUACAGCUGUAAGUCUACCAUUCCCAGCCAUCCCCAUAGGCCAGGAAGUUGAGUUGGAAUCAGCAAACAGAGCUGAAGGUAUUCUGGCAUGGCUUAUGAAUUUGUUUGAAAGAAGCCAUCCAGAUAUGGAUGGAUGGAUGGAAAGAAGCUUUGAACUAUUCAAUCUAUUUGAAUAAACAGUAAAAGAGACUUGAAUAUUAAAACUAGGAUUCUUCAUCACCUUUGUCGUUUUUGUGCUAUGUAUUCAUGAAAAUGGUGUUUUGGGUUCACUUUAAAUGUAAAUUCAGCAAAUUGAAUAAUUGUACAGGUUGGAGUGUUGUACAGUCUAAUUUUCUUUGGUAAUGUUAGAGGGAAAGAUGUUACACAGGAAACUUGGUAAAGCAAUCAUUUUCCAAAAUAUAUUUUACAAUUUUUUAACACUGACAUUUAUGGUACUUUUCUGUAUGAGAAAUUAUCUGUGUGUUUGUAUUCAGGCACAUUUUUUGUUUUUGUUAUUAUUGCAAAAUAAAAACUUGUUGGUCAC